CAGAAGCCAGCACACAGACCGUUCACACCUAGACACUGGCAGGGAAGAGAACAUUUGAUCCAGUCUCUUAGUCCAUUCAUUUCAUUUGUAUUUCACAUCAAAAGGGAGAAAAAUAAGCUACAGUGAUGCUUGAAAAAAUAGGAUGCAUCAAGUUCCUACUCAUCUUCUUCAACUCUGUGUUCUGGGCCUCUGGAAUUGCUCUCAUAGUGAUGGGGGCCGUGUCCCGCUCUUCCUACGCUCAGUUUGAGUCUUUUACGGGGGGUGGACUCUCCCAGUGUGCCGUCGUCAUCAUUGUGGUGGGCGUGGCCAUCACUAUCAUCUCUUUCCUGGGCUGCUUCGGGGCGUGGACUGACAACAGAUGCCUGCUGGGACUGUUCACGGCUGUCUUGGUCAUCAUCCUGAUCAUUGAGGUGGCAGCAGGGAUCGUGCUCUAUGCCUUCCGCUCCAAGGUAGAGGGGAAAAUUAAAAAACAAGCCAAGAAAGUGAUCAUCGAGUACAACCCCAAUCUGAGAGCAAUGAUUGAUGACAUCCAGGAUAAGUUCCAUUGCUGUGGAGCUGAAAACUACACAGACUGGCUUAGCAGCCCUGGCUGGAAAAAAAACAACUCUGUGCCGGAUUCCUGCUGUCGAGUUGAGAAGGAGGCUUGUGGCUACAAUAUCACUGCAGAGAACAUCUACCACAAGGGCUGUGUGGGGUCAAUUAAAACCUUCCUGCAGAAGAAGCUGGUGUGGAUCGCUGCUGUGUGCAUUGGCCUUGGGCUAGUUGAGAUCUCAGGAGCUGUGCUUGGAUGUCUUGUCCUUAGAGAAGCAGUAAUAAAGAGUGGCUAUGAGCAAAAGUGAGCUGGUCUUCUACAUGAUAAAGAAAUAUAGCAUCUGCUUCUGUACAUGGAGGGGCCUGGGGUAUACUUAACAACUAUUUAGUUCUCCUUCACUUUGCAACUCACUUCCAGUUUCUAUUUGGAUUGCUGAGUCAAUCAAUAUUCUUAAAAGUGUUCCGGAUUUUUUUUUUAACACAUUCCUGAUUUUUAUUGUAUUAUUAUUCACACAUCAUAGGUACAUUAACUAGGGAAUCACUUUUUUUUCAACUUUUACUCCGAAACAUUUGCCAAGAAAAAUAUAUUUUUAUUCUUCUGAACACCGCAGUGUAUCCAGCUCAUGCUCCCCCUUGCAACAAUGCUGCUGCUCUGAUUGAAAUGAGCAGAAAACCAACAUUGCAGCAGGAGAGAGUGUAAUCUGGAUGCACUGCGAUCCUUAGAAGACAUUUGUUUUUUUUUUCCCUGACAAACACUCUCGAGUAAAUGUUGAGAAAUGUGUUGCCCAGUUGAUUUAUAACCAGGGAUUCACCUAACUUUUAACAUUAGGUUCUCACGUGAGUACCAGCAGAAAUGGUUUGGUAUGCAUCAAAAUUAGGGUCAUCAUUGCUGUCUAGCCUCCUCCUUCGACAGUUCAAACAAUUGGGAUGGGGUGUCAGAGACCACAAUAUGUUUAAGUAGGUCCUGAUUGCUGAUUAUUACAAUUUUUAACAAAUCAUCACGCAUUCUCUAUUUAUUUGAAUAUCCUACCACCAUAUUGCUGCCCCGAGGAUUCAAAGCAAAAACCCACACACUUUGUCACUUAAUUAGUGUUAUUGAACAAGUUAACUUGACUGCACAACAGUGUGGUUAAGUAAAUGUUUUUUUUUUUUUUUUUUUAAACUCACAUUUAAAUGUAAUAGCUUUCAAACAUUAACAUAUCUCACCCCCUCUCCCUGUACCUGCUUCCCUCUUAUCUGAAUGGAUGGCAUUAUAGAAUCCCAGCCAUCAGGUUAGACAGGUAUCAAGUACCUUGCAAGCGUGACCACCCUCACUGCCUUUAUGAAAAAUGCUUUCCUGUUAAAUGUAUUGACGUACUGUACGCUUUUUCAUCUUAGAGAACAAUAUGGAAAUCUGCAUUGUUCUUUAUUGGUGCACAUGCAUACCUGCAUACCAGUGUGUGAAUCUCUGCUUAUGACCUACGAUGUGAGAUAAAAAAAUUCAAAAGAUUUUGCCAUAUGUUUAAAAAAUAUAAUGAUAUGUACAACACGAGAUACAGCAAAAGCAACAUAAUGUGUUUCUUAUACACUUUGCGGGGUGUUGUGUAACUCUUUAAAUCUAAGCUUACAUUUUUUGUUUUUCUGAUUUGCUAUAGAAUGGUUUAGGGCUCUUUCUAGUUUGUAAUCUUGUUGUAAAGUGCCCUGGGAUGCUUGUAAAUGAAGGAUGCAAUAGGAGUUAAAUUUGUGCAGCAUGGCACAGUAUGAUAACUGGUUUUAUAAGGUAUACUGAAUCAAGCACAAGAAAAAUGCAAAACUUUUGUUUGAAAUCUGAUAAGCCAUGAAUGUAAAAACACGUAUCUACUGACCCAUACCAACAAAUGUUUGUUUAAAAGGUUUCACGAAAUGGAAACUUGAUUUAAUCAAAGUGGUUUUUAAAAAGUAGGGCCUUUUGAGAAUGGCUGUGAGAAAUGUUCCAUUAUGUUAGCAUUGAAUUUUAAAAGUUAAUUACCUUGCUCAAAAGAACAGACUUUUAGAACAUAGAGCUUCUGAUUUCUUGUGUUUUAUCUACCCCUGGUGUGCAGUUGAUUUUAGUCAGAUCUAAGGGUCAUGUUACUGUAUAUGCAGGCUGAUUACAAUAAUUCAGUACAGACUUUUAAGAAGUAUUUUAUGUUGCUUUGAAAAUGUAGCAUUAUCCUAACACCCUGUAUACUGCAGUAGCACCAAAAACACACAGAUAAAUUGGAAAUGUAGCAGUUUUGCAAUUGAUUAAAGAUGACUAUAAUCAUGUUUUAGCGAUACUGUAUACUAGCUCACCCACCUUCCCUCACUCUGUAGUUGAAUUGUAUUGCUCUAUACCUUGCAAAGAGAUAUAUUUUUUUCUUGGAUGUCAUUGGCUUCCCUCACUCUGUAAUUUAAUUGUAUUGCUCUAUACCUUGCAAAGAGAUAUGUUUUUUUCUUGGAUGUCAUUGGCUUCCCUCACUCUGUAGUUGAAUUGUAUUGCUCUAUACCUUGCAAAGAGAUAUGUUUUUUUCUUGGAUGUCAUUGGCUUCCCUCACUCUGUAGUUGAAUUGUAUUGCUCUAUACCUUGCAAUGAGAUAUGUUUUUACCUUG